CAGCAUUACUAAUCGGAAUUCGGGUUAUAAGGGAAAGAAACGGGACUGAACCCAUAAAAUUGAAGUGAACGGACCUCUUUCCGAAGUGGAGUUAAUAAGCUCAACUUUAGGACAAUAAUGAUGUCCGCCAAAACCCUCAAAUCCCUGCUCCGAAACCCUAAAUUGAGCUCACCAAUUCCUCAAAUCCACAACUACACCUCCAAAAUUCAGUUCGUUCUGGAUGAAGCUCGAGAAUCACAUUCCUCUAAAACCCGAUUCGAUUCCCCUGUUUGGAAUGAGGGACAGGAAAGUUUUGCCCAGAAACAUAAAGCGGCUUCUUCUGGAAUCCAGGUUUGGCAUCCAUGGAAUGAAUGGGUGGAUUUCAUGAAGAGAUUGCUGCGAGAUGGGUAUUUCGAUGAAGUUGGGAAUCCAUUUGAGCCUGCUCGAGAAUUGGGUAGUAAGGAGGCGAAUUUGAUCAGAACUGCUUCACUCAACUUUGCGCGCGAUAAUUACCAUCUUAUAAGCUACUUGUCAAGGAAAGAUAUGAUGGUAGUAGCUGGGUCCGGAUGUCCGAGCACAGACCGUAAAGUUGUUAACUCCGGAAAACGUUUGAGAUAUCAUGUAGGAAUUGAUGAAGGGAAUGUUUGCAGCUCGUGCAUUUUAAGAGGCGAAUGUGAUAGAGCAUACGUAAAGGCACGUGAGAGUGAAGGUGGUAGGACGGUGGACAUUAUGCGUUUAAUACUGACAUAUGGUCUCGAUCCUAUAGUUGAUUCUGUGCAAAACAAGCCUUGCUUGAACAAAAGGGUUAAGGAAUCUGUAAGAACAUUAUUGAAACAAAUGGUCGAAAUUAGAGUUGAGGGACAUGAUGAGGAAAAACAAAAAACUGCCACUCGGGAAUUGUCCCAGGAGAGUGAUGUUCACCAGCAAAGGACUCAAUUUGCUGGCCCAAUGAAGCCUGGUGACUGGAUUUGUCCCAAGUGCAAUUUCCACAAUUUCGCCCGAAAUAUCAAGUGUUUGCAAUGUGACACCUUCUCCGAGGAAAGACUACGAAAAUUAGCAGCAGAACAAGAAAACCUUCCUCUGAAGAAAGGAGACUGGGUUUGUGGCAAAUGCAACUUCUUAAACUUUGCUAGAAACACAAAGUGUUUACAAUGCAAGGAGAAGCCUCCUAAACGACACUUAAAUCCUGGAGAGUGGGAAUGCGACUCGUGUAAUUACCUCAACUUCAGGAGAAACAUGGUAUGUCUGAAGUGCGACCAUAAGAGACCAAUUGCUUCGCACAAUGCGAACAACAGUAUAAGAGACCACCAAACGCGGCCUUGGCUUGGACAAGACAAUAAUAGUGGGUAUGAGGAUUAUGAUUCACUGGAAUUUGUGGACUGGGGUGAAGAUGACGAUAGUGUUAGGUCAAGCUCAUGGGACAAUCAAAAGGGGAGCUUCAUGCGCUUUCCGGUCUCUGGGGGUAAGAGCGACUUCUCAAGUGACAUUCGGAGGCAAGAAUUACGGAAAAUGGAAAUGACAAUGAAUGGCAAGCAUGAAGAGGGGCAUGAAAAGACAUUCAUUGAGUCUGCUGAUGGUGACGAGGAGGAGGAGGAUGACAUGGCUGAAUGGUUUGGAGGCACUGAAAACGGGUUAAGGCCUGUGCAAAAUGUGGUGGAAGCAGCGGUGAAGGAAUGGCAGGAAUACGAAGCAAGCUACGUGAAGUGAAUUAAGGGAGCAACUAGGUACAUUGGUGUUCAGUGGUUGUGAUCUUAAUUUUUUUGGCAUUAGCUAUGAAUUGUAUCUGAGGAGGUUAUCUGAUGAGUGUAGAAAUUGUUGGAAUGUUGGGUUGUUGUGAUAUGCUGUUAAGGUAGACGUGGUUUCAGGAUUUGAAUAUCUGCCACACUACUAGCCUAGUUCUGUGUGUUAUUGGUUUCAGGAUUUGAAUAUCUGCCACACUACUAGCCUAGUUUUGUGUGUUAUGUAGUAUUUAGGACACCUUCAAGUGUUCCUCUUAUUAACCUUGGUCUGUAUUGGCUAGUUAGCCAUCGAACUCUGUACAUUUUUUUUAGUUAUUAA